GUAUGCAAACGGGGUUAAAGGUGUGCAGAGACCCCGUGUGUGUUAAUGGGGGAUAAGGUGGUAGAGAUAGCAGAAGGUAUGCUAAUAGGAUCAGGGCUCUGAAGCCCUGUGUGUGUGGUAAUGAGCGUCAGGAUGGUGUUAAUACUGUGUAUCUGCCCAUGAGGGACUGCAGCGUGCAGGGGUCCAGAGAGUGCCCAUGGAGGUCAGGGUAGUGGAAGAACUCGAAUGUUGAGAGUGUGCUAAUGGGGGUCAUAGCUGUAGAGGGUACGUGCGUGUGUUAAUAAAGGUCUGGGUAGUGUGAGGCCCAGGAUAUGCUAAUGGGGACAGAGUGGUGGAAGACCUGAGCCUGUGCUGCUGGGUACCAGAAGUUAGGAAUAUAUGUGCGGUGGGAGGGCACAGUGGUGAGGGAAAUGUCUUAGCACUGUAAGAGAUUCAGUAUAUUAAGGAUCAAGAUGGUGUGAGGCCAGUGUGUGUGUCCAUGAGGACAGGGGACGUGAGACUCCAGGAUGCGAUAAGGGACAGUUAUAUGUGAAGUUCUAGUGACCGUGGAUAUGGGUUUAGAGCCUUGGAGGUGCGUAAAUGUGUGCCAUUGGGGGAAGAGUCAGAGCAGUAUGGGGUCUGGAAAAUGCUAGUGUCAGAAUAUUGUGAAGACAGUGUAUGCUUGUGUCCACGGGGGACUGGGGUGUGUUGAGGUUCCAGGGGGUGCAGUAAGGAGGAUCGGGGUUGUGAAGGGAUUCAAAUGUGAACCAACAGGCAUUAUAGGUGUGGAGGAGUUGAAGCAAAGAGAAAUAAAGGACAGGAAUAUGUGAAGGUCUAGGUGUGAUAAAGUGGAUUUAGAACCAUGGAGGGCUGAAGUGUGUGCUCGCUCAUGGGGCUCCAGGCUGAAUGGAGACCUGUGUGCGCUAAUGAGGGUCAGGCCAUUAUAGAACACUGUGUUUGUGUGCCCCUGGGGAAUGGGGCUGAGUAAGGGUUCAGGGUGUGCUAAUGGGGAGGCACUGUAAGAGGCCCAGUGUGUGCUAAUAGAGGUCAGGGUGAAGUGAAGGUCCAGCUUGUGCUGAUGGGAGGUGGUGGGGACAGGGUAGUGAGAGGACCAGAAUAUGGGUUUAAUGAUGGUUAUAGCUGUCGAGGGGUCUGAGUGUGGGCAAAAACAGUCAGGUCAGGGAUUGGCAAGUUUCACUUUGUGUUAAUGAGAUUCAGGGCAGUGUGAAGGUCCAGUGAGUGCUAAUUUGGGUCAGCUGUAGAGGGUCCCAAGUGCAUGUUAAUAGGGGUCAGAAUUAGGCAUGGGGAACAGUGUGUUAAUGGGGGUGAGUGCUUUGGAGAAGCUAACAGGCAGCUGGGCCUAGGAGACGCCCAAGAAUGUGGCGCUGAGCGUUAACUUAGAGGGGCCUGAGCCUAUGCAAACAGAGUGCUCUGCUCUGCUGGGGCUUCCUAUGCUGAUGGGGGUUAGAAAUGGGAAAUUUCAGGUGCUGAUAGUUAAAAUGCAGAGAGGCCUUCUUGAGGGGCCUGUGUGUGCUUAUGGGGGUCUGGAAGGGAUGGGGAUGGUGUGUUCUUGGUGGGAGUUGUGUGGUGACUGUGUCCUCAGUGGACAGUGUGGUGUGAGGUGAUGAGUGCCCUUGGGUGUGAGAGUAUUCUGAGGAAGGGUGUAUGUCGUCAGGGGUCAGGAAGGACAAAUGCCCCCCUUUUUUUUUUUUUGAGUGGAGUUGUGUAUCCAGUUUCUUGUUCCUUCCUUCACUAUACUGAAAUCUAAAAAGCUCAGAAAAUGGAAAUAAUAAUAUUUAAAAGUUUUACUGUAUAUUAAUGUUCAAGUGUCUCUGUUCACAAAGGUCUGCCCAGGGCACCCCUGCUGGGAAUGUUGCGUGAUACACAGAUGUUGUAUCCUGUCUUCCUAAAAUCCCCAAAAAACUGAACUCUGGAACAUGUCCAGCCCUUGGAGUUUCCAGUUAGAGGUCAUGGACCCUGGCUCCUUCUGGCUCCCUCCUCAUCUUCCAUCCAGCCCUACUUACUGUCCCCCCAGAUGCCCCAUUCCCUGCCACAACAGGCAAAGCCGGCUGGGUAUUCGUACCAUGGAUGCAAGACUGCCUUUGGGGCUGGCCAUGCUUCUCCUUCUUCAGCUUCAGGUCCAGUGUACGGCCUACUGGGUCAGAAUUUUUUUGUUAUCCUGGGUUCUCUGAAUGGACCUCAUCCUCUUUACUGGGGUCUUUCCGCUAGGCUGGCCCCUCUGCUCCUGCUGGGGGUGGUGAGGCCAGGCAAGCGGAAGCAGGGUGUAAGGACCAGUGCGGUAAGCACCUGAUUUCAAGGUAACAGAUGACCCACUUCUCUCCUCGAAUCCAGCCCCAGCCUCAUCCUCCCACCUCCUAUCUAGCUCCACUUCCCUUGGGCCCAGGGCCAUCUUAGGCCCUGCUGUGAGUCCAGAUGGUUCCUAGGCCAGGUCUUUCCCCCUCCUUGCUGGCCUGGAGCCCAGGAGGAAGCAGAAGAAGGCCAGCCUAAGCCUUUUGGUGGCCCUGUUCCCUCCAGCAGCCCCAUCUAGGUCAUCUUCCUGCCGAUGCUAGUGUCCCUGGGCCACGUUUUCUGGAGUUGUUCACGGGUAGCAAACUUACCCUGCCCCUCCUGGUAGAGAUUGGUCUUAGGCCCUCAGCCCCCUGAUUCAUUAAUUUCUGCCGUAAGCACUUUUUGAGCGUCUACUCUGUGUCAGUCACUGUUCCAGGUCCUCAGGAUAUAGCCGUGACCUAAACAGACAGAAAUCUACCCUGGCGGAGCUGAUCUUCUAGUUAUGGCGGUCGCCAUGGAUCGGAUGAAGAAGAUCAAGCGGCAGCUGUCGAUGACACUCCGAGGGGGCCGAGGUGUGGACAAGACCAAUGGUGCCCCUGAACAGAUAGGCCUGGAUGAGAGUGGGGGUGGCGGUGGCAGUGACCUUGGAGAGGUACCCACUCGUGCCGCUCCUGGGGAACCUCGCUCUGGACGGGGCCCCCUCAGCUCUGCACCAGAGAUUGUACAUGAGGACUUGAAGAUGGGGUCUGAUGGGGAAAGUGACCAGGCUUCAGCCACGUCCUCGGAUGAGGUGCAGUCGCCAGUGAGGGUGCGCAUGCGCAACCAUCCCCCACGCAAGAUCUCCACUGAGGACAUCAACAAGCGCCUGUCACUGCCAGCCGACAUCCGGCUGCCUGAGGGCUACCUUGAGAAGCUGACCCUCAAUAGCCCCAUCUUCGACAAGCCCCUCAGCCGCCGCCUCCGCCGUGUCAGCCUGUCUGAGAUUGGCUUUGGGAAACUGGAGACCUACAUCAAGCUGGACAAGCUGGGUGAGGGUACCUAUGCCACCGUCUACAAAGGCAAAAGCAAGCUCACGGACAACCUUGUGGCACUCAAGGAGAUCAGACUGGAACAUGAAGAGGGGGCACCCUGCACCGCCAUCCGGGAAGUGUCCCUGCUCAAGGACCUCAAACAUGCCAACAUCGUCACGCUACAUGACAUUAUCCACACGGAGAAGUCACUCACCCUUGUCUUUGAGUACCUGGACAAGGACCUGAAGCAGUACCUGGAUGACUGUGGGAACGUUAUCAACAUGCACAACGUGAAACUGUUCCUGUUCCAGCUGCUCCGUGGCCUGGCCUACUGCCACCGGCAGAAGGUGCUACACCGAGACCUCAAGCCCCAAAACCUGCUCAUCAACGAGAGAGGAGAGCUGAAGCUGGCAGACUUUGGCCUGGCCCGAGCUAAGUCAAUCCCAACAAAGACCUACUCCAACGAGGUGGUGACACUGUGGUACCGACCCCCCGACAUUCUGCUUGGGUCCACGGACUACUCUACCCAGAUUGACAUGUGGGGUGUGGGCUGCAUCUUCUACGAGAUGGCCACAGGCCGGCCCCUCUUCCCAGGCUCCACAGUGGAGGAACAGCUGCACUUCAUCUUCCGCAUCUUGGGAACCCCAACUGAGGAGACGUGGCCAGGCAUUCUGUCCAACGAAGAGUUCAAGACAUACAACUACCCCAAGUAUCGAGCCGAGGCCCUUUUGAGCCAUGCACCCCGGUCCCCUUGUCCUUGCUGUAGACUUGACAGCGACGGGGCUGACCUCCUCAACAAGCUGCUGCAGUUUGAAGGUCGCAAUCGGAUCUCCGCAGAGGACGCCAUGAAACAUCCAUUCUUCCUCAGUCUUGGGGAGCGGAUCCACAAACUUCCUGACACUACUUCCAUAUUUGCACUAAAGGAGAUCCAGCUACAAAAGGAGGCCAGCCUUCGGUCUUCGUCAAUGCCUGACUCAGGCAGGCCAGCUUUCCGAGUGGUGGACACCGAGUUCUAAGCUGAAUUCUAAGCCACAGACCGAGGCCCCCGCAGGCAGCAGCUGAAGGGAUGCUACUCCCCUCACAGGGCAGCCCGCAACUGCAUCCUCCUCGCUUGCUGUCUGCUACCUGCCUGACUCAUGCUCGCCUGCCCACAUGUCCCCUGCUGCCUGUCCGAACACCCGACCAUUGGCCUGUCAGCCCACCCAUUGGCCUGUCUGCUGGGUGCUAACAAAGCUCUCAUCGCUCCUUC